AUGUCUCGACUCUUGGUGCGGAAGGUGGCUUCUCUGAUUGUGCCAGGGUCAUCAGACAAUGUGGCCUUGCAGGUAAAUCUCCAACCUCAAGGAGUGCGCCUAAGUCCACCACCUCUUCCGUAAUAGAACCAAGUAGGGUCUUACUUUCCCUUAUGACCUACUCGUUGAGUUGUCUCAUCCGAGCGUAAAUUUAUUAUGUAGGCAAGAGUGUGCUCAAACUAGCCGUAUCUUAAGUGGUUCCAAUGUUCCAAACAGAUUGUGUAAUCCGCGACUGCGGUAGAGAAAAAAACUCCUAAAGGCCGUCCAAUCAAGGUCCCAAACUGAACUGGUGUGGUGGAAUGGAGGUCGGCUAUUCUGGGAAUUGUGAAUCCCGGAAAUAUUCAAAAGGAUGGGAACGUAAACCGGGGUUUAGAUUUCCAUCCAAAUAUCAUCGUCUAAGGGUGAUAAGAUGUCCGGAUCCAAUGGUGAUUGGACCUGUAUAACGAAGAAAAUUCCUGUUCCGUGUCUGACCUGUCAAAGAUUGUGUAGGUGUUCCUGGUCUACACACCACCUACAAGAUAUGGUAUAAUAUAGUGAGACCCCUAGGUCAGGGGGCCCACAAGUAUAAAUUCAAAAAAUGAAGUCAAGGCUUCCCUAUAGAGCUUGGAGUCCCGUUAACACAUAGCGUUCUCUAAUACGCAGGCAAGACAAAGUCACUUCACUCAUGACAGGUGACUCCAUAGAGCAGAUAUAUCAGAAAAAACAAAGGUCUAGCUUCCAUCAUCCGAAGCAGGUGAUGUCCUGUUCGGAAAAAAAAGUCAGAAGUCCUAUCUGAGUCUGCUACACCUCCUGAGCAGUACUCCAGCGGUAGGCUGCGUCCCGACUUUCGACGUCCGUGUAGGUGUCUGGCACCCAGGGUUCCUCCCUAGAGUCCACCGUAGGUCUCUUUGAUAGUAGUUGAAAGGGUGGGUUAGAACCCAAACCAAGACCGUUACGGUGAGAUAUAGAGUAUAGAAGGAGGUCCCUCCAAAUCCGAACCAUGUUCUCCAGAUAUGUGUUGAGAAAAGUAGGGGCAGUCGUGUCAACUUAUCCCAAGAUUAUAAUGACCAGGGAACCCAUGUCAACCGGGGUAUCCGUUCUUUCCAUGCGAUCCAUGUGUACGGUGUACCUGCAGACCGGGUAUUGGGUCUUCCCUAGUUUUGUUACCCGAGCAAGGCAGUGCCCGUUUGCUCUAUGAAGGCCUCAGGAUCUCAUGUCACCUUGACACAGGAAAAACUGUCGGCGCAGUUUGUUCACAAUGGCCUGAAUAUCUUAAACAGGGUGCAAUUGCCUGUUUUAUAUAGUGCAGAUAUACCCAAAACCUGUACUCUCAUACAGACCCCUAAAUAUUUGUAAAUCUACAGGGUACCCUGUGACAUAGGACCCUUAGACACCAACCCCUUUUAGACAGUGUAAUACUGUGUGAAUAAACGUAAACUGGGACUAGCAGUUCCUAAAUGCACAGCAGGUAAAUUAGUGGUAUUCCAGCUGUAUUGGAUAAAGGCUGAAAAGAACUUGUUUGGCCUGGAUCUAUAGAUCUGUAUGGGGUUUCCUCAUCAAUGUAUGCACCAUCAGUAAACCACCAGAAGAGUACUGUACCCAUGGUAUUUUUCAGUAAAAGGGUUAAACAAUAGCCCACUCAAUGCCCCUCAUUGAGCUUGGAAGGAACCACCUUCCAACUCUACUAGCCACAGAAGCCUAAUAAAGUUAAUUAAUGCCAGUAGACUGGUCUCCCAUACCAGUUGAGUUGGAGCCAGGGCUGUUAUAGAAUUUACAUCUGCCCUAGACAGUGAAACCUCACAUUACAGAGGAUUCAUCUCUGACUGUAGAGAUGAACCAGGAAAAUAUAUAUAUAUCCAUUAAAAGUCUGUGGCGAAACGCGCGUCGGGAUUAGUUAGUGAGCGGGUGGUUGGAGAUUGACUGGGGACUAUGCUGCAGCUAGUUUAGAUUAUUUAGGAUGCUCCGAGCAGACCACCUUCUCUUUAUUUUUAUCAUUAGACUUUAACCUCUCUGUACCUUCGAUUGAGGCUUCACUUUAUUAUAUUUAGGCAGGUGAUUCGAGCCUGUGAGUACUGGGAGUUAGGAGACAGCACUAGUUAAACUAGGGUUUGCACAGUCCAACAGACUUAAGACCUUUUUUUCACCACAGAUACUAUUGGAUGUUUCCAUGAUAUAUUAGGCAACCCCCUUUCUCUUUUUCUCUGUGAAUAACCUAGUUACUCUGCAAGCUCUAUUCUCCUCUCUCUCCGUUUUGUAUUUAAUCAAUAUUUGUGUGUUACCAUUACCUAUCUAUUAGGCUUUGAUUUUUUAGAAGGAAUCCAUUAAAAGUUAAUUUUUAAAUUAUUUUCCUUUGGGUUGCACUGCAAUUACAGGGAACCUUUGGGACUGAUUUACCUUAACCCUUUGGUUUCUCUGUCUUUGUUUAUUCUCUCUUUUUCUCUUUACAAUAGUUACUAGGUGUUACCCCCCAUUUCUUAUAAGCAACCCGACAUUUUUACUUCUGUUCCUAUCUCUCAUUUCUAUAUAUAUAUAUAUAUAUAUAUAUAUAUAUAUAUAUAUGAUUGGGACAUAUGGACACAAGAUAAAAGUGCAACAAAGCCCAUUUACUAAACCUAGAUUAGUUAACUCCAACAGGACUCAGUAAAAAACGAGUAUUGCAUUAACCUCUACUUGCCAAAUACAAAGGGGCAGGCAUGUAGUGUUAACAAGGAAUCCUCACUUAGGAGUACACCAUCCUGUGGAUAUCCCUGCUCUAACUGGCGGGCUGGCUCUGCCUGAGCCGUGUGCGGCGCCAGAAACCGAGCGGGGGCAAAGCCCUCGAUGUACGAUCACUGUGGGUGGUCAGAUACACGUGUGUCUGAGAAAAGGAAACCGGCCGCAGCGAGGCGGCCAUGUGUGUGUGAUCGGAUCCGGCCUCUGGGUACUCGCGUAUGAACGCGGGAAAUCCCGGGCGCCGGUGUUCUAUCGAAAAUUCCCUACCCUCGUCACUUCCGGUGAUGUGGCAGCACCGGAAGUGACAUUAGGACGGGGGUGUGCGCCGCCGUGCAAGCGCACAACAACUAGGUAGGGAAUUUUCACAUCGAGCAGGGGAAAAGAACAGUACGGCACAGUACUUCCGUCGGAGUAUAGAGGUAAGGAAAUUUCACAGGAAAAUGGCCAUCAAAUUUCCCUACCCCUAUACUGUGCACGGACCCAAUUGACCGCGCGUGCGCAAUGUGGGGUAGGGAAAUUUCACAAGACAAAUGUGUACACUGCCCAUGCACUGGAUUGGGUAGGAGGAGCUAUCUCACUUACUGAUUUUCAAAAAUCACUUGACUCUUAGCCUUUGCUGGAGCUUGUCUCAUGUGCACUGGUUGUGUUGGUUGGACUAUAUACCCCCCCCCACCCCGCUAACCCCUGCUGGGCUGAACUAUAUACCCCCUUCCGCUAACACCUGCUGGGCUGAACUAUAUACCCCCUCCACUAACCCCUGCUGGGCUGAACUAUAUACCCCCUCCACUAACCUAUGCUGAGCUGAACUAUAUACCCCAUUGUCUGUGCUUAUCAUGCCUUUCUGCAGGAUUUAACUUUAGUACUAUCACCUGUAUAUAUGUUUGCCAAUGACCAGAGCUGUCUUCCCAUGCUCCCUGAAAUUGACUAGAUUGCUUAGAACGAUGGAAAAGGGAGCCCUCUUAUCCGUUCCAGACAUCCAGUCACUCACUAGGGAUGGGUUAGGUGGACGUUACCUGAUGCUCAGGGCCGGUGCUAGGAUUUUUGACUACACAGGCGAAGAUGCAUUUUGACACCCCCCCACCCCCCCUUAAAAAAUAAACAAUGCAUCUUCACCUCUGUGUCUCGUAGCCCCCUUUUGAAUUUCUUACCCCCAUUAGUGUUGCAUAUCCACUCUCUUGCAUGUCUUAUCCCUUUGGCCCCUUUGUGCCUUACACCCCCCUUUAGUGUGUCUCCUACAACACCUCUUAUGUAUUUCUUACUUCCCCGCCAGCCCCUAUCUAUCUCUCUUUUUCUCCCACAUAGACAUACAUACAUGCACAAAUACACAAACAUACAGACACACAACCAUACAAGCACACAGACAUAAUUUUUCAGGCACACAGUCAUAAAGAUAUACAGACACACAGUCAUAAAAGGCACACAAACAAACACAGUCAUACAAUCUACACAUACAGGUACAUUGUCAUACAAACACAGACAUACAUUCAUACAGACACAGACACUCACAGAAAUACAGACAGACAUAAAGAAACAUAGAGAUAGGCAUACAGAGACAUACAUACACAGACAAACAAAGAACCCUGCACACUGAUACCGUGUAAAUGCUCCGGCCAUCAACAGUGGUGGAUGCUCCGUGUCAGGCGGACAUCGCUGGAUCCACCAGUAAAGUCUUCAAAAGGAAUAAACGCAGGCAACACUCCAAUAGUAAGGAUGGUAUAUUUAUUGGUAGGUGAACCACCCCAUAGAAAGUGUGAUGUUUCAGCUCAUGCAAUAAGGCUCUGCUGAGCCGAAACGACGCACUUUCUUUGGGGUGGUUCACCUAUCAAUAAAUAUACCAUCCGUACUAUUGGAGUGUUGCCUGCGUUUAUUCCUUUUGAAUACAUACACACAGUCAUACAGAGACAUACAUACUGUAUGUCUCUGUAUGACGGUCUGUGUAUGUACACAGGAUGGCUAAAAGAUAGAUCCCCAUCUGUCGUGCAACUUCAACAAUGCUUUGAAAGCUGGGGCUCUACCGAUUCCCCAUGCUUGCAGGAUUGUAUUUAGCAUGGAGCAGUAUUUGUGUGUUUGACUGUAAGCAUGUGUUUGUAUGGAGUAUGUUUGUAUGAUUGUAGCGGUGUGUUUGUAUGUAGUGUUUGCAUUUGAAUGCAAGCAUGCAUUUAUGUGUAGUGUUGGUUUUUGAACGUAGGUGUGUGUUUAUAUAUAAUUUUGGUGUCUGAUACAGAGGUGUGUUUGUAUGUAGUGUUGACAUUUGAAUGCAGGGGUGUGUUUGUAUGCAGUGUUGACGUUUGCAUGCAGGUGUUUAUUUGUGUGUAGUGUUGGUGUUUGAAUGCUGAGAUAUAUGCACAUAUACACAUACACUGCCACACACGCACACACUGUGAUACACAUACACAAAGAUACACACACUGACACACAUGCAGAUAUACAUAUACACAAACUGAUACACAUUCAGAUAGACAGACACACAUCUACAGAUACACACAAACACUGACAGACAUACAGAUAAACACACACACAAUGAUAGACAUACACAAACACACAAAGACACACAGACAGACACACACACUGACAGACAUUUAGAUACACACAGACACACGGACAGAGACAUUUACAUACACACACACACUGACAGACAUAGAUACACACACUGACACAUAUACAAACACACUGACAGACAGAUACACACACACACUGACAGACAUACAGAUACACACAUACACACGGACAGAGACAUAUACAUACACACACACACACUGACAGACAUACACACACAUACUGACAGACAUUUAGAUACACACAGACACACGGACAGAGACAUAUACAUACACACACACUGACAGACAUGGAUACACACACACACUGACAGACAUAUACACACACACACUGACAGACAUAUACACACACACACUGACAGACAUAUAUACACACACACUGACAGACAUAGAUACACACACACACACACACUGACAGACAUGGAUACACACACAGACCAACAGGUUCAGGAGGGUGGCUUACCUGGGAUCCAGAGUGCUGCCUGAGGUAGAUGGGAGUUGGAGGAGCUGGUCCUGCCCAGCCCCCCUCCUCUCUGCCUUCUGCUGCUCUAGUCUUCUUGGGAGGACUUCCUCCCAUGCUGAUUAGAAGGGGGCCGGUGGUAGCUCCGCCCCUGCCUUGGCACCAGCCGCACUGUGUGCUACAGAGGGAGCAGGGAUAUGACGUUCAUAUCCCCGCCCCCUCCACACAGUCCGCGGCACUGCAGGUUGGCGCUCGGCCACGCUACAAGAAGUGACUGGCAGGAGAGGGGCGCUGUGCGCUUCCCUCCUGCCGGUCACCCGGACAUUUGCGCCCCCGGGCCGGUGCGCCCUAAGGCGGCCGCCUGUGCCGCCUUAUGGACGCGCCGGCCCUGCUGAUGCUGUUGAUAUUUAUUUAUUCCUAUGAAUGGAACAGCACCAGGCACCCCUUCUAUCAAUCUUGGUCAACAUAAAACAUCAGACAGGCCAAAAACAAUGAAUCCCACUUACAGCCUCCACUCUGUCUCCCUAACUGUGUACAUAGUAUAUUACGUGCUGUAAUAUACUAUGUACACAGUUAGGGAGACAGGGGGAAAUCUGUUAUUUUAUGUUAGAAAAAGAAAUACAAGGGGGUGCACAUAGAAUAAAAAGAAACCAUUUCUUGUGGUGUUUUUAUUCUGUUAUUUUAUGUUGUCUAGCAUUAGAUAGCAUUGUGUAAUACAAACAGUUGUGUGUUAUUUAUUUACCGUGUAUACACAUUUUGCUGUACAUAACCUACUGUUUUAUAAUAUUAAACAAUGCAGUGUACAACACUGUACCAUGUACAGUAAGUCUUAAGGGGAUCUCAGUUGCAUUGGAAUCUUGACUUUGUACAGACUCCAUGAAGGUAAGUAAUACUAAUAUCGUGAUGACACAACUAUUUAAAAAAAAAAUUUGUGUCCAGGCUUGAUUUACUCUCUUGCCCAGCAGUGUCCUGUCUCAUCAGACUCCCUGACAGUGAGUAGUACCCAUAUGGUGUUGUGACUGUAAUAAGUUCAGAAUUUUGUCCUUUUAUUGUCUCCUUACAGGCUUCACAUUUCAUUCAGUCCCUCACCUCGCCUAUUGUGUGGUAUUAGACUUUGCAACGGUGAGUAAUUCCAAGAUUGUGGUGAUACAAUUAUAUUGCAUAAUUAUUAAUAUAUCGUUCUCUUACAGGCAUGACAUUUGAUCCACUCACUUGUCUAGCAGUGUCCGGUCUUAUCAGACUACCAGACGGUGAGUAAUACCUAUACUGUUGUUACCUUUGUAAGACGUUUUAACAUUUUAUCCUCAUAGGCUGUGCAGUAGAUUUACUCUGUUACACUGUAGUGUCCAUUGUUAGUGGACUUUACACUAUGUUGUGUUAUUUUACACCGCAUGUUGGGGCAGUUUUCCUUUCACUGUGAAAAGGCUAGUUUCAGUUUGUGGUUACAUAUGUUAAGUGGUUGUUAUGUAUGGCAUUUAGGGUAGUUUUUAGUGAGUUUAGUUUUUAUAUAAAUUUGUAAAAUUAUGAUGUGUGUUGUAUUUUUAUAGAAAUGGAGACCAAGUACAACGACAUCGUCAAAUUCCUCUGUUUUGGAGAAUACCCACCUGGGUAUUCUAAGACACAGAGGCAGACUUUCAGGCAGACCACUGCCAAAUUUACUAUAAAGGGUGAGUCAAAAAUACAGUCAAUCUUAGUUGUUUGUAAUUAAACGAACCCUUUAAUUUUUCAAUUUCAUUACACAAGGAGAGCUCUUCGUUGGAAGAAGAGUUAUUAAAAAUGAAGAAGAAGCAAGGAGGAUCUUCGUAGAGUUUCAUGCAUUGCCCAUUGGAGGACAUACAGGCAUCAACAGAACGUGAUCGGCCUUCUCCUCGAGAUUCUUCUGGCACGGAAUGGCCACUGAUAUUGAUAAAUGGGUACACAUUAAUUAUCUUUGUGUUUUGCUAUAUUAAUGAAAGCUUGUAAACAGGUUAACAACUCAUUUCCUACAGAUUCAGGAAUGUGAUAAUUGCCAGAAGUCUGGAAAGCCAUUGUCUGCUCCACAGCCGUUACAAUGUAUUAAGGUAAAUAUCUACUAUAGUACUGCAUAACAAAUGUUAUUACAUUGUUUUAUUUAAAAAUUUAAUAUAUUUUUUUAAUCACAUUAGGUAUCUGCUGUCUGGGAGCUUGUUGGGAUUGACCUAACUGGUCCCUUCACAGAGACAGUGGAUGCCUUUAAGUACAUAUUUACGGCUACGGAUUACUUUUCAAAGUGGGUGGAGGCUUUUCCUCUUAAAUCAAAAUGUGCUGCUGAGGUGGGACGCCAUAUUUGCUCCAUGGUCUAUCGACAUGGUUGUCCCAAGCGUAUACUUUCAGACCAGGGUAAAGAAUUCGUCAAUCAAGUAUGUGUACUUUCAAUUUAACAUUGUUGUUAAUAAUAUUUAUUUUGUAAUAUGUUGGUUUCUAAAAAAUUAUAUGUUCCUACUUUUUUUUUUUUUCUUCUUUCAAGCUCAACGACCACAUGUGCAGUCUUCUUGGAAUAGAAAGAAGCGUGACAGCGGCAUAUCACCCACAGACCAAUGGCCUGGAUGAAAAGACUAAUCAUCACAUCUAAAGGCAAGUUUAAUUCAAGUUUUGAUUUUAUUUCUGCUUUUAGUAGAACUUUGCCUCACAGGUUUACUUAAAGGGAAUCUCCAGUGCCAGGAAAACAAAUCCAUUUUCCUGGCACUACAGACUCCUUAGGUCCCUCCCUCCCACCCCCAUCCCAGGUUGCUGAAGAGGUUAAAACCCCUUGAGUGACUUGCCUUUAUCCAGCACCGAUGUCCUUCGGUGCUGGUUUUGGCUCUGCCCACUCUCCUCCCCCGCCGACGUCAGCCAACGGCCGCGCACACAUUACAACUACCCAUAGGAAAGCAUUUUCCAAUGCUUUCCUAUGGGGAUUCCGGCAACGCUGGAGGUCCUUAUUCAUUGCGUGAGGACGUCCAACGUCUCUUAAAACACAAAGUGUUUUAAGAAGCCGGAAGCUCCUCCAGUGGCUGUCUCAUAGGUAAAUAUCUACUGGAGGAGGACUUAACCCUGCUAUGUAAUUAGUGCAGUUUAUGGAAAAACUGCACUACUUACUCUUGUAGGGUUAAGGGUAGUGGGAGUUGACAUCCAGACCAAUCCAAUGGGCAGGAGUGGUCUGGCUGCCUGGAGUGUCACUUUAAAGACACACUAUAUUGUCAGCAAUACAAACAUGUCUUCCUCACACUAUAGUGUUAAAGAAACACUUUAAAUUUCAUGCCUCUUCUGAUUACUUUUAAAUGCUUUUAUUCACCUUUUCCAAACUGUUUGUGUCUCCUAACAGGUAGACCCGUCCAGGCAGAGGCGGCUCUCUAAUUAGGAGAUUUUAGUGUCGCCUUAAGGCAGACUACCAUGUCGGAUCCUAGGUCAGAAACCAAGGAACAGACACAGGAGGGGGCCCAGCGGCUUGCCCAUUAUACUGCAUUGGAGCAAGGCCCCUCCAGUCAGUCUGCCUAGGAGAGAGCCAUCCUCCUGUCUGCAGCUUUGCCAGGAGUGAGCCACAGACUGAAGUGUCUCGCAAUCUCCCGCCUGUCAGAAUGUUGCCGCUGGUUACCAAGCAAACUCUCUGACUGGAGAUCGCAAAAUUUACCACGUGGUAUGCAGCUCACUCCCGGCAGAGAUGCAGACAAGAGCCUGACUACUGAGGAGAAGGGGUGCCCACAGUACCACCAGUGAAGGUAUUUAUGAACCCACUCACACUGUUUCUUAUAUGAAAGCAUUGAGAAGCUAUUGCACAUGAGCUGCAAAAAGCUGCACUGAUUACACAUAGGCUGCACUGCGCAAAUCUGCAUCUCCUUGUGUUGUUUUUUUCAGCACACUUGUUUGUAUUGUUGUAUGCUGAUAACUAAAAAGUCCACAUUAAUUGCAAGAGGGUUGUAAAUAUGUUUUAUCUUGUCGUUUUAUUUUAUUCAUUGUAGAGCUCUCCCUAAAUUGGUGAAUGAAAAUAACUGGGACGUGUAUUUGGACGCAACAUUGUUUUCCAUAAGGUCGAGGGUCCAAAUCACUACCAAAUAUUCACCUUUUUCUUUUGAUGUAUCGGAGGGAGGCAGUUUUCCCAGCCGAAGUUCCUGUUGAACUGCCACUGAGUUGUUGCAGUUUUUUCUGUCUCCGCUACGGUUAACUAUGUGCGUGUAGUAUAUGUAAUCAUUGUUUACUAUAUACAGAUCUCGCCUCAUUCUGCUUGCUUUAUUCAACAUAAGUUGCACAUAAGAUUCUUAUAACAUUUAAGUUAUUUGUUAGUUAAUUAUUAGCUGAUCAAGUUUGCUGCCAUAACCAUAUUUAAAGAUAGUGUGCACAUGUGACUAAUCCAAAUAUAUUUCGUUAUUCAUAAACUUUAUAAUCUUGAAAAUUAUCAGUUCUGUUUUCCGCUAAUAGCUGUAUGACUGUAGAACUAAAGGUACUUUUUUAUUUUUUUUUAUUUUAUCUUUUCAAAAUUAACAUUCUAUAUGUUACUAUUUAUUUGAAAUUUUGGUGUGUGUAAACAUAUAAAUAUAUUUUACAAAUUUCCACAGCUUUCAAACAUAAUCUUUCCAGAGGAGAAGAAUUAUGUAACCUUUCUAAACGAGAAGAAGGCAUCAGUGGAGAAAAUAAAGGAAAAGAUAGAAAAAUCACAGGAGAAGCAGAAGACUUAUGCGUUGAAGAAAAACAAGGAUGUGGUGUCCAGUGUUGGUGAUGAGGUCCUUCUGUAUAAUAUGAGGAAGCGUGGUAGGAAAAGAGGAAGGAUAGAGCCAGACUUCUCUGGUCCUUAUAUUAUCAAGGAGUUGUGUGGCAAGGUGGUGAAAUUGGAGAAUUCGGGCGGAGUUACUCUUCAGAAAAAGUUCAGCAUCGACCACAUCAAGCCAUACAGGAGGAGUGAGGAAAACAAAGCCCACAGGCAGAAAGGUGAUGUCAAAUUGCCUAAGGAAAUCUGCACCUGCGUGUCCUCCAUAGCACCAAGGACCUCUGUCAUCUGUUUUGCUGCACCGGAAAAGGAGGUACCACCAAAUUUACUACCCGACUAUAAUUUAUUAUUUCUCUAUUGUGCAUAAAGCGAGCCUUGUCCUUUUUCUUCAUCCUAUUCUUCCUUUAUGUAGUAUUUUUAUUUUAAAUUAAUGUUAAAUGUAAGUGAAUAACAUUAAUCUUGAUUUUCUUUUCCCAAGUCAUCUGCAUCUUUGAUUGUCAUGCAAAGCAUAGAAGACAGAGGUAGCAGUUACUUGGUUCUUAUUUUUUUUUUUUAGUUUGGCCAUGCCCUGUUGGUCUAGUCUUUCACUCUGUUGCCGUUCUGGCACCUUUUUAUUUAUUUUUUGGUAAAGUUGCCACUGUUUGGCAUCGUGUUCGAUCCAGCUCUCGUUAUUAACCAUACAUGUUUGAUAUACUAAAAAACCUAUACAGGUUGAGUUAUCCCCUUGUCAGAAUUGCCUCUUAACAUAAUUGAAUUUAGAAAGCUUAGCAUAUGAUUUUUCUAGCAGAUUGGAUGUUAUAUUGGGAUACUGCUUUAUUUGUUAAUAAUUAUUUUUCAAUACUUAAUUUUAAGAUAAGGCAUACUCAAACUGUAUUAGCUUUGUUUAAAUUUCUUGCUGUACAUAUAUCUUUUUUUAAUAGUUAAAAUCCUGUGGGAAGCUGAAGAUGACGGAUCUGUGGAAGCAGUUGUGGGACCAUACAAGCUGUAUGUUUCUUCGUUCCGUACAUUGCAUGGCAAUAAGUGGCUGGUUGAUGAGGUAAGAAAAUAAAGUGUUAUUAAUUUGUCUAAAGCUAAAAUAUAAAAAUAUAUAUAUAUUUAAUAAUUGAUUUUUAUUUUUAUGCAGGUGAUUGAUGCAUACAUUCAUCAUCUGAUUGUGAAGCAUCAGGCAAGUGU